AUGGCUAUGUAUCAAACAAGAUUGACACCAAUACUUCCACAUAAAACUGCUAUCUUGUUGGUUGAUGUACAAAAUAGUGAAAUAAGUAUGGAACAUCAACAGAAAACACCCUGGUACUAUCAGCAAAUAACUGAAAUUUGCAUACCAAAUAUGAUUCACCUGCUGGAAAUAGGACGCCAAUUGGGUAUCGAAAUUAUGUAUACCACUAUUGAAAGUCUCACUCGGAAUGGUCGAGAUCGAAGUCUUGAUCAUAAGUUAUCAAAUAUCUUUAUUCCAAAAGGAUCAUUUGAAGCUAAUGUUAUUAGCAGUGUUGCACCUCGAGAAGAUGAUAUUUGGCUGAAGAAGACAAGCUCUGGUGUAUUCAAUUCUACUAAUAUUGACUAUGUAUUGAGAAAUCUUGAUGUUGAAUUUCUUGUGAUUGUGGGCUUCUUAACAGAUCAAUGUGUCGAUAUGGCUGUACGCGACGCUGCUGACAAAGGUUAUCAAGUCAUUUGCAUUUCAGAUGCGUGCACAACUCAUACUCAAGAACGUCAUGAAAAUGCUUUACGUGCUUUUGGUGGUUACUGUCGUAUUAUGACUACAGCUGAGUUUGUACAAGAAGUUCAACAUAAAAAGCAGUAUAAUAAUGGUCAACAGAAGAAUUUAUCAUUAUCUAUUUCUUCGUCACUUCAACCAACCAAACUGACAAUGAUAGUCACCACCGAUCUUACUGGAAUUACACGUGGUCGAGCAGUACCAACAGAAUGUAUCGAUGACUAUUGGAGUACUGGAUGUGGCUGGGUACCUGCAAACAGUGCUCUGACGCCACAAGACAUCAUUGCUGAUUCAAAUCCAUGGGGUUCACAUGGUGAUCUACGUUUGUUACCUGAUCGCAUUAGUCGAGUUCGAAUCAAGAAUGGACCAGACUCAAAAGCACCGAUACUUGACUUUAUUCACUCUGACAUUAUCGAAACCGAUGGUAAAGGUUGGGACAGCUGCCCACGUCGACUACUUCGACAAGAAAUUCAACGGUACCAUGAUUUGCUUGGUAUGAAAAUUAAAGCAGCUUUUGAACAUGAAUUUAUCUUGAUUGGACGACAGUCUAUGAGUGAUUUACCAGCAUUCUCGUUAAGAGCUCAUCGUCAUGUGGCUGACUUUGCUGAAUGGUUAGUUGCUGCCCUACAAUCAGCAGAUAUCGAACCAGAAAUGUUUCUGCCUGAAUAUGGUCGCAAUCAGUACGAAAUUACUUGUCGACCUACUGAUGGAGUUGCCGCUGCUGAUCGUGCUGUUAAUGUACGGGAAAUUACACGUGACAUAGCUCGGCAAAUGAGCUUACAUGCAAGUUUUUCACCACAGCCACAUGUCGGUGCAACUAGCAGUGGUGUGCAUUUGCAUCUAAGUAUUCAAGAUCUUGAUGGAAAGUCAAUAAUGUAUGAAAAGGGGCGUCGUUAUGAUUUGUCGGAACUUGGCGAGCAUUGGGCAGCUGGUGUACUGCAUCAUUUACCUGCACUGUGUGCACUCACUGCACCGACGCCAGUUUCUUACAUGCGAUUAAAGCCACAUCACUGGAGCUCGGCUUAUGCGUGUCUGGGCUAUCGAAAUCGGGAAGCCGCCAUACGUAUUUGUCCUACUGUGAGUCUUGGAUAUCGAUCGAUUGCUGAUCAAUACAAUUUAGAGUAUCGUCCAUUAGAUGCUACGGCUAGUCCACAUUUGAGUUUGGCUGCCAUACUAAUUGCUGGCAGGCUUGGUAUUCAACAAAAAUUGAGCUUAAAAGCAGUAACCGACAUUGAUCCUCAUGAAUUGAGUGACGAUGAGCGCAAAAAUCGUAGUAUCACUAGUUUACCAUCGAAUCUCUUUGAUGCUUUAAACAUGCUAACGAACGAUAACGAUUUCAUCCAAGAAUUACCAAAGUCCCUGAUCGAUACAUAUUUAGCAAUGAAAACACAUGAGCUAAAAAUAACUCGUGAACUCACUGAAAAAGCACUCUGCGAGCAAUAUGCUCGUAUUUACUAA